GGUGGAGAGUCCCAGUUGAUGUAGAGUGUUUGCCGUGGAGAUGGAAAAUAGGCUAUUGAAAGCAGAAGGUUCUCUAAGGUUCUUUGCUAUUGUGUUCUUAGUACUAACAGCUGUUCUGGUUAGAUUAGACACAGAAACGAAGCUGAUCUUUAUAUCCGAGAGGAAAGCAACUUAUAAGGACAUAAAGGCACUAGUGAUAUUGGUUACAGUGGAUUUUGCAGUUGCUGGCUUCCAUCUCCUUCAAUUAAGCAAAUGCUUAAUCCUUGCUUCGGUUGGAGGAAAAACUGUUGGCUCUUCCACCAAUCUGACUUGGCUUUCUUUCUUGUUAGAUCAGAUGGUGACAUAUGUUAGCUUUGGAAUACUCUCAGCCUCAACUCAGGCUGCUGUUCUGGCCAUCACCGGAGAGAGUCACUUGGAGUGGACAAAGCUGUGCGACAAAUACACAAGAUUCUGCUACCAGAUCGGCGGUGCCCUCUUCUGUGGAGUUGCAUCCUUGCUCGUUAUGGUUCUGAUAACUUCAAUCUCAGCUUUCAAUCUGUUCAGGCUCUACUCACAUAAUCAUUUCCUAAUCCUUAAAGGCCGAUGAUGGUUUAAUUGUCAUUAAUAAUUCCUUCUCUGUUACUGAAAA